AAUGUCCAUUCAGGAAGAAGCGGGUCUGAUUAGUUUAGCUAGCUUAGGUUGCUAAAAAUCCAUAUAGUGCAAACAUGGCCUCGGUCAACCCGUUCAAUCUCAGCGACUCAGAGGAAGAGGCUGAACGGCGACUAAAUGAAACGGUUGACACAGCGAGAAGUCCCAGUAAAGGGGCACCAGGGCCGCCCCCAGGCAAAUAUCCUUUCUCUCCACCUGCGGACGCCGAGCCUCCGACAUUCCUGCUGUCUAGCAACCUGACGAGCCCCAGUGGCGGAGAGGGCUCGGUCUCGAUCGCUGCUAUCUCCGCGAUGGCAGGCGCUACCGAGACACGGAUAUCUGCGGACGGCAUUGCUGCUCAGCUAUUACGGGACCAAUACCUCCUCACGGCCCUGGAGUUUCACACAGAACUGUUGGAAGCAGGCAGAGAGCUGCCGAGGCUGAGGGAUUAUUUCUCUAACCCUGGCAACUUCGAGCGUCAAAGCUUUACACCGCCCGCCAAAGACCAGGCACUUGGACCUGGAGGACCACUGAAUCGAGCUGGCAGCAUCAGCACCUUGGACUCUCUGGACUUUGCCCGAUACUCAGAUGACGGCAACCGAGAGUCGGACGAUCGAGUGGCAGUGCUGGAGUUUGAGCUACGGAAAGCAAAGGAUACCAUUCAGGCUCUGCGCGCCAACUUGACUCAGGCAGCAGAGAGCGAAGGUCCCUCUCAGGAGAGAAACAACUUCAAUUCAAGUCCUGAAAUUCAGGAGCCUAUACGCCUACUGGAGAAAAGAGCCUUAAACUUCCUUGUAAAUGAAUAUUUAUUAAAAAAUGAACACAAACUCUCAUCCAUCACCUUCUCUGAUGAAAAUGAUGAUCAGGACUUUGAGUUGUGGGAUGAUGUCGGCCUCAACAUCCCCAAACCCCCCGACCUGUUACACCUUUACAGGAACUGUGGUACCCCUCUCCCUUCUCCUCGGGACACGGUUGAUAUGUCAGUCGGGGUGGAUUUUGGCGAUCUUCAAGGAAACUGCAUCGCACAAGAUCCCCUAAAAAAGCCUGAUCUCUCCUAUCAGCAGCAGACGGAAGUUGUCCAAGAGUUGGAAUACCAGAUAAGCCUCCUCAACAAUGACAAGCAGAGCCUAGCAGAGCAGAUCAGGAAACUGCAGAGUGAGAUUCAGACACUGAAGAGGACCGUCUCCUCCCCACCUACGGCCACUCCGGACCUGGGCUCCCAGAAUACAUCUCGUCCCUCCUCGUCAUCCACCACCACCACUUCCUCCACUGACCCUCUCGAUGUGCCUCCUACAGAUAAUGGCCAGUAUCUGGACAUCCGGGGGGUUCCAGAGCCUGAAACUAAACCGGACCCCUCCUCUACUCAGACCAUCUCACCGCCUCACCCACAGUCCCUUAACACGCUUAAGAAGCGGCCUCCGGUCCAAUUUGCUCAACCCAACAGAAACUUAUCCCCAGCCUUCCAGCAAGCCCUGCUGUCCUUCUGCAGAAUGUGCUCCGACAGCCGCCUGGGAGCAGAGGUGUCUCGUAUAGCAGACAGUGAGGAGAGUGUGAUGUUAAUGCUGGGCCGCUGCCUCCCUUACAUCGUCCCCAACGUCCUUCUUGCUAAACGAGAGAGAAUGGUUACACAUCUUUGCCAGGAGUUGAUCCCGCUCAUUUUAUGUACUGCCUGCCUUCACCCAGAGCCUAAAGAGAGGGACAAGCUCCUCCACAUCCUCUUCAACCUAAUCAAGAGACCAGAUGAUGAGCAGAGACAAAUGAUUUUGACGGGGUGUGUUGCGUUUGCGAGGCACGUGGGUCCCACGCGUGUCGAGGCUGAACUACUUCCUCAGUGCUGGGAACAGAUUAACCACAAAUAUCCAGAGAGGAGAUUGUUAGUGGCAGAGUCCUGUGGAGCCUUGGCGCCAUACCUGCCUAAGGAGAUCCGUAGCUCCUUGGUGUUGUCCAUGUUGCAGCAGAUGCUCGCUGAGGAUAAGGCUGACAUGGUCAGAGAGGCUGUGGUCAAGAGUCUCGGUAUCAUCAUGGGUUACAUAGAUGAUCCUGACAAGUACUCCCAGGGUUUUGAGCUGAUGCUGCUGUCCCUUGGGGACCCAUCAGAGCGGGUGGUCAGUGCAGUCCACCAGGUCUUUAUUCCUGCCUUUGCUGCCUGGACCACAGAACUGGGCACCCUGCAGACUGCCCUAAUCCCUUCUCUGUUGGCGCGUAUAGAGAAACUACUUAUGCAAGGAGAACACGGUCUGGAUGAAUACAAGCUCCACGUGUUCCUGUCGGCCCUGCAGUCUCUAAUCCCUCCUCUCUUUGCUGUGGUGCUGCAGAACGCACCCUUCACCAGCAGAGCAAAACUCACCGGAGACUUAUCUGCAAUAGAGGUGACUCGGUUCCCAAGGCCAGCUUCUCCCCUCCAGGACGUGGCGACCAUCAUCGGUAGCAGAGAGAUGCUGAGUGCCUUGCUGCUACUCUACGACAACCAGCUAGAGCAUGAAGGAACCACUGGCUGGGACAGCCUGCUCUGGGUGGUCAACCAACUCCUUCCGCAGCUCAUAGAGAUCGUUGGUCGCAUCAAUGUGACGUCAUCGACCUGCGUACAUGAGUUCUCUCGCUUCUUCUGGCGGCUCUGUCGCACCUUCGGCAAGAUCUUUACCAACACUAAGGUUAAACCACAGUUCCAAGAGAUCCUCCUACUAUCUGAAGAAAAUGUUGAUCCUUCAGACGGGAACGAUAUUCUCACCAAAGCCACAGUCCCCAUCUAUGCCACUGGAGUGCUAACUUGUUAUAACCAGGACGAGGAUCGCAAGUUGUUGGUGGGUUUCCUGGAGGAUGUUUUGACAACCCUAUCUCUGUCCCAUGCACCUCUUGACAGCUUGAAGGCCUCCUUUGUAGAGCUAGGUGCCAACCCGGUGUACCAUGAAUUGCUGCUCACUGUUCUGUGGUAUGGGGUAGUCCAUACCUCUGCUCUGGUCCGGUGUACUGCAGCACGGAUGUUUGAGUUGGUUCUCCGAGGCAUGAGUGAAGCAUUAGUAGAUCGUCGUGCGGCUCCGGCCCUUAUAACUCUGUGCAGUGGGCCUGAAUUCUCAGUGAGGAUAUCAACUAUACCGGCCUUUGGGACCAUCAUGGAGACCGUCACACAAAAAGAGCUGCUGGAGCGUGUUAAAAUGCAGCUGGCAUCCUUCCUGGAAGACCCGCAGUACCAAGAUCAGCACUCUUUGCACAUGGAGAUCAUCAGGACCUUUGGAAGAGUUGGACCCAACGCAGAGCCGCGCUUUAGAGAUGAGUUCGUGUUGCCACAUCUUCAGAAGCUGGCGCUGGCUAACAACAGCCAGACGGUGGAGAGCAAGAGGAUUGACGUUGCCACCCAGCUGUUUGAGGCCUACAGCGCCCUCUCCUGCUGCUUCAUUUCCGAGGAGGUGAUGGUCAACCACUUCCUGCCUGGCCUCAGGUGUCUCCGCGCCGACAUGGAGCAGCUCUCGCCUGAGCACGAGGUUAUUCUCAGUUCUAUGAUCAAAGAGUGUGAGAUCAAGGUGGAAAACCGAGGAAUGGCUGACGCACAAGGCGCCACCUCCAUCGCCUCCAGUUUGGUGGGUGAAGAUGCCAAGACCAAGUUCCUGAGCAAGAUGGGUCAGCUCACCACCUCUGGCGCCAUGCUGGCAAACGUCUUCCAGAGAAAGAAGUGAUCGACGACUGCAGCUCACUGACAAUCCCCUGCUGUCUUUCGGAGCAUUUCCUUCUACUGGAAAAAGCGAUGGUUUCGGCCUCAAGUAGAAGGAAACCGUGUGUAAUGUAGUUCAGUUUCAAGAUAUGAAGGUUUGCUGACAGUGCAAUUGAUUUAAAAGCUCCAGUGCAGCAACGACUCCGUGUUCUUUUAAGGUGAAAAGCAAUGUUUUUUUAGCAGUGAAAGUUGAGGUUUUAUCAAAGCUUUGUCGAGGACAAUGGAUUGCUUUUGUGAAUCGGUGUCGUCAACAUUGUCAUUUGAGAACGAGGGGAGAGAGAGGAAGACACUGAACCGUGUUGAGCUGCACCCCGAGUGAUAACAAGGGACUUAAAGUAUCGCAAGAUUUCAUUUGAUUUCCGUGCGUACUUCUUGUGUCAGAAGAGCUUCACUCGUCAUUUGGAAACAAAACUCUGAGCACCGCCUGCUGGAUGUCAUUUAGAUUUUCAAACCCCACCUUGGAGCAAAGGGUUGUACAAUAGAUGCAUAAACAUGCAUUUAUUAUAGUUUUAUUGUACUGAAAGACGACUAAUGGCUCUGUUAAGAAUGCCUUGUACAGUGUGUGUGUACGGCUCUCGGAGGUAUUGCAUACUUGAAGCUAUGAAUAAAUUGUCUCGCCUUUAUUUCUUCAAAGUCUGUCACUGUUUUGUUUUUGUUUUUUUGACAGCUUGUAUUUUAUAACUUAUUUAUGUCUUAAUGGAAAAGAAACUAUUCAAACUUCCAAAGAAAUUUGCACUUCACCUUCCUAUUUUGUUCUUUGAUAUUGUCUGUCUAUAUAUAUAUAUAUAUAUAAUUUGUUUUAAUUCAGCGUCCUAUACCUGAUGAACAUUAUCACUACUGUUAAUGGAUUAAUUUGUAGUUUAUCCGUUUUGGCAAUGUGAAGGCGAAGAGAACACUGCUGAUAGUUGUUCCCUCUGUCCGUUGCAUCGUGUCUCUGUGUUGCAGUGUCUCAGAUAACUGUACUUAUUUUUUCAUUUUCUAAAGUGGUUAUUUGGUUCUAUUUUUGUUCUUUUUAGAUAUGCUCUAUCAGAAAUGACUAUCCUACACUGUACUGGAGAGGAUGGUACUCUUAUGUAUAUUUGAAAUCGGUGUCAUGGUGUAAUAAAAGAUGUUCAGUUGUGUACUUAAA